AUGGCGCCCCUCAGCGCCGCCACCGCGUUUGUUUCGCGUGAUUUCUCCGCCGGCUGCCUGGAGUCAGCCCCGCGCCCCGGCCGGCCGGUCCCCCGCCUCCUUCCCUCCGAGGCCAGCCAGCAGCGCCCGCGGGUGGGGGAACCCCCUCGCCUGGCGAUUGGCUCCUCCGCGGCGGAGCCCGUGGCCGGGAAAGGCUCGGCGGCUCGGGCCAAUCGGGGCGCGGCGGGACUGGCGCGGUUGGAGCCGCCAGCGGCGGCGGGGCUGGCGCGGGGCUGCUGCUGUUGUCCUGCCUGGCGUUGGCGCGGGAGCGGGAGCGGCGGGCGGAGGCAGGCGAGGCUCGCGGGCGCCGGCGCCGCUUCGACGAUGCGCUCCGGGCUCCGCGCGCCCGGGCUGCUACUCCAGCUGAUCCAGCUGCUGCGAUGCCUGGGUUUCUCGCCUGCCAGCGGCCAGACGGGAGAUGGUUGUGGCCACUCAGUACUGACGCCAUACAGUGGGACGUUGGCCUCCAAGAACUACCCUGGCACAUACCCAAACGUCACGUCCUGCGAGUGGAGAAUUCGUGGGGCUACAGGGAGCCACCUCAGCCUAACCUUUGGAGACAUGGACAUUGAGGCCUCGGAACGAUGCAAAUCUGGCUUCUUGUUGCUUUCUUCUCUAUCAGAUGGUUCCAGCUUUGGUCCAUACUGUAGCAACUCAAAUCCACCCCGCACAAUGUUGGUGAUGAACUCCACCUCCGUAACCAUCUUGUUUAACAGCACGACGCAUCGCUCGGGGCGUGGCUUCCUCCUUUCUUACGCCAGCGGCAACCAGCCAGAUUUGAUCUCAUGUUUGCAAAAGGGAAUCCAUUAUGGCAAGGAACUCAUUCGAGCAUAUUGUCCUGCAGGCUGCAAGGGAGUACCAGGAGACAUCUCAGGCAACUCAAACCAAGGCUACCGAGAUACAUCAGUUCUCUGCAAAGCUGCUGUCCAUGCCGGCGUGAUCUCAGACGAGCAAGGGGGAGAAGUGACGGUGUCACAAGAAAAAGGGAUCACUCUCUAUGAGCCAGCAUUUGCCAAUGGACUCUACUCAAAGAGGGGAUCUUUAUCCGAAAAACGCCUCAUCUUUCAGAAAGCUUGUGCUGGAGUCCUAGAAGUCGCCAGCUUCAGCUCUUCAUCCUACUGGCACGAACAGAACGUCAUAGGGGAGAAUAAAACCUGGAGUGCCGAGCGAGCUGCUUUCAGUGCCGACGGUGCCUCCUGGGCAGCGGAUCAAAGCUCUGCAGAUGAGUGGCUGGAAAUAGACUUGGGUGGAAAGAGGAACAUCACAGGCAUUAUCACCAAGGGAUCUUCUCAGAAACACAACUACUACGUAAAAUCCUACCAGGUUCUCUCCAGCAAAGAUGGCAAGAACUGGAAAGUCUACAAAUCCAACAGUGGCAGCGAGGAUAAGAUCUUUGAAGGAAACAGCGACAGCCACCAAGAAGUCUCCAACGCCUUCAUCCCUCCCAUUGUGGGCCGCUACCUCCGCAUUGCACCCCAGAGCUGGAACCAGCGGGCCGCUCUGAAAGUGGCACUGUUGGGAUGCCAAGCCUCUCGCCUGAAGACCCUGCGCCCCUACAGCAACAGCGAAAUCCACCGUGGCCCCAAGGAGCCCUCCAUCCUGUCGAGCAGCAGCCCUGCCGUUUUCACCACCAUCCCAGGAAUAGUGAUCAAUUCAGAGAAAACGGGUCCCCCAUUACUGGUGAUGAUGCUUAUUGGAGGGUUUGUCCUCAUCUCCUCGGCUCUCUUGCUGCUGGUUUUCCUCUGUCGUAAGAAGAGGAAGACUGCAGCAGAUCAUGAUUGUGGCCUCGUAAAAGGUUACCCAGCACCUGAGGCCAGCCAGGUAUGUUCCAGAGGGACCCUGCAACUGUCCAACUCUGAAAUAACAUCAUUUCCUGGGACAGGAACACCAGUAGAUCUCAGCGGAGUUCAAUCACCAGAAUAUGCUGAGCCGGACGUGGUCCAGGUCAGCCCCAGCAGCCAAAUGGCUCCAUCCACCUUCAAGCCCGCCCUGGAUGAAGGCUACACACUCCCCCUGGUGAUGAACCACUACGACGUGCCAGGCAAAUACCACGAGUAUGCCGAGCCUUUGCCGCCAGAGCCCGAGUAUGCCACCCCCUUCCUAGAGCAGCCCGCAGAGCUGGAGGGAGGCGUGUGCCGGAAGAACGUCUGCAUCAUCAAAGUGAUGCCCUCUUCCCAAAGCCACGCGGGCUCCCUAGUUUCACCAGAGGCCCGGAUGCAGUACGACUUCCCCGCUCAGCGGCUGGCGGAGAAGCCGGACAACCCGGACGAAGUCGACAGCUUGCGGGGAAAAUCCGUCCGAGGCAGCUGCCCCAGCCACGUAGAGCCUCGGGACGAUCGGACGCUGAGCCUGAGAAACGGAUCCCCCACUACGCCUCCUGCUACCUCACCGCAGGGCCGUGGCUUCCAGCACAGAGACUGCCCCCUUGCACACGUCUAUCAUGAGCCCUUGUGAGCCUGGCAGAAAGAGGACCCCACACCCGGGUUGCUCGGGAAGAGAUGGACUGAGCUGAGGAUGCUACGGUCAAGGGCAUAGAAAGCUGCUUAUAGAAAAUCUGGCUUUUCUUCCAGCCCAGUAUCUAUCCUGUC